GUAAAACUCUCUCAAGUCUGACAAAGAUGGCACUCCCUCCCAAGUUCGCCGGGCACAAGCUCCAAUUCGCGGCCCCUCCAUCGGCCCCCUCUGCCGUAGCUCACACGACUCACACGCUCGAGUUCUACCUCGACUACUGCUGCCCCUUCUCUGCCAAGAUCUUCCGAAUCCUUCGGUCCGCCGUCAUCCCGGCCAUCGAGGCCAACCCGGCCUGGGCGUCUAGCCUGGUCUUUAUCUUCCGACAGCAGAUCCAGCCUUGGCACCCGUCCUCGACCCUCAUGCACGAGGCCGGUCUCGCCGUGCAGCGCCUGGCCCCCGAGCGCUUCUGGGACUUCAGUGCCGCUCUGUUCGACGAGCAGACCUCCUUCUUCGACGUCAACGUGGUCAACGAGACGCGCAAUGCCACCUACCGCCGGCUCGCCAAGGUGGCCGCCAAGGUGGGCGUGGACGAGGAGGAGGUGUACAAGCUGCUCGAGAUCGCCUCGCAGCCGGGCGAGGACGGAGCGCUGAAUGCGGGGAACCAGGUCACAAACGAUCUCAAGGUCAUCACCAAGAUGAACCGUCUGAUUGGCGUGCACGUCACACCGACUGCCGUGUAUGACGGCGUGGUGCAGGACGUCAGCUCGGGAUGGACCAAGGAGCAGUGGGUUGAGUGGCUUGAGAAGAAUGUCGUUUGACUAGCAGAGAGGAGCAAGCUCUGAUGAUAUUCACGAACUCACUGAUCAUAAACAAUGAAUGCAUUUUGAAUGUCUCAUGAAUCACCAUGUGUGUGGUGUCA